ACUGUGCUUGCCUCCUCCGCCCAUCCUCCUCUCGCGUCGCGCGAUCUAACCCGGUCGCCCCUCCCGCCAGCUGCACGCACAGAACUGCGGAGAGAGCACAUAAUGCCUAGUGACCUUGACAGACAGAUCGAACAGCUGUAUCGCUGCGAGCCUGUCUCGGAAGAGGACGUCAAGCGCCUGUGCAUCAAGGCGCGCGAGAUUCUCAUCGAAGAGGCCAACGUGCAGGUCGUCGACUCGCCCGUUACGAUAUGCGGAGACAUUCACGGUCAAUUUUGGGACAUGAUGGAGCUCUUCAAGGUUGGCGGCUCAUGUCCAGAAACCAACUAUUUGUUUAUGGGCGAUUUCCGUCGAACCUUCCUCCUCCUGCUCGCACUCAAAGUGCGCUUUCCUGAGCGAAUCACGCUUAUUCGCGGCAACCACGAGUCGCGGCAGAUCACGCAAGUGUACGGCUUCUACGACGAGUGCCAGCGCAAGUACGGCUCGUCCAAUGUCUGGCGCUGGUGCUGCGAAGUCUUUGAUUAUCUGGCCCUCGGCGCCAUCGUCGACGGCCGUCCGAAUUUGCAGGGAAUUGAUCAGAUUCGCGCCAUUGAUAGGAAGCAAGAGGUACCCCACGACGGGCCUAUGUGCGACCUUCUCUGGUCAGAUCCAGACGACAUCACCGGCUGGGGCCUGUCCCCGCGGGGCGCGGGCUUUCUCUUUGGCGCGGACAUUACCAAAAUCUUCGCGCACAAUAACGCGAUUGACCUCAUCGCGCGCGCGCACCAGCUCGCGAUGGAGGGCUACAAGCUCAUGUUCGACAAGACGAUCGUGACCGUCUGGAGCGCGCCGAAUUACUGCUAUCGGUGCGGGAACGUGGCGUCCAUCCUGGAGCUGGACGACAAUCUUGGACAAGAAUACAAAGUUUUCGCACACGCCCCCUCGGACGUCCGCUCGAUACCGGCAAAACGACCACCCGCAGAUUAUUUCUUGUAAUGGGUGCAGAUCGGCCGCAGACGACUUGAGAACCCAGAGGCUGCGAGGCGCACUAGUAGCGCUGCCAGUCUGGCCACCCGGCUUCCCUUCCCUUCCUCGUCUUCCCUGCCAAACGCCAUCAUACAAAUUGAGCCUUCUUGCUCCCAUUUGUCGCUGACAGCGUCGUAGGAACGAUGAUGGACGCAUACAGAACAAGGCUGUAUUCUGACUGUACUUUGACUCACGAUUAUGUGUAGCGCCGUGAUCUCUGGAAAGACCGACACACUGACAGAUGACGUUCAGACA